AUGCAAGGCCUUAUGUGGCUUGAAGAAUUCGGGUGGAAAGGAUACCUUCAGCUCCAUCCCAGACAAUCCAACAGUUUGUCUAAAGCAUUUGCGUCAUGGACGCCAAGAGCACGAGUCGAAUACAACGUGAUUACAGAUCAGAACUGGGAACGUCAACAGUUUGUCGCGCGACCACUUUCCCAGCGCUGGAUAGGCAAACUUCAGCCCCUCCUGGCCAUAAAUCCUUCCAGGCUAUUGCUCGCAGCCGGAAACACCAUAUAUUCGUACAGCUUCUUGUCCUCUCCAGGAUCGGACGUGUCACCUCCGGCUCGCCUGGAGUGCACCUACACCACGAGUGCUUUACACCCCAGUCGCGACAUAACCGCCCUCGCGUCGAUCCCGGACGAUGGUCUUGAUCGCACGAUUGUUGUAGGGUACGCUGACGGCAGCCUCGAGCGGGUCACGCUACCACCUCGCGAAGACUCGGCUGCUCUUUCUGGGCACAUCGAUGCCUCACUGAGAGAGCGAUGGAACUUUCAUGACGGGUCGCUCAUCGAGGGCUUAUCAGUUUCAUCUUCACAUAUUCUCUCUCUUUCGUCCGGCGGCAUUGCUGCAUUCACAUCACCUACAUCCGAAAACAUGACGCCAGAGCUUGUCAACGUAGGCGUCCGGUGCUGGUCCUGUCAUCUGGAGAUGGAGGCUUCCAGCCCUUAUUCUGUCUUUGGGUCGUCAUCUUUUGAUCCGUUGUCGGUACAUCACAUCUCCGAAUCGCACCUCUCUCAACAACCAUCCGCGUACCUGUCAUCCACGAACAGGACGGAACAUCCCACGGCGGUGUACGCCAUUAGCUCUUCUCCGCCUGCCUGCGCGUGGGGCGCCUCUAAGCAAGUCAUCGUCUCCGGUUGGUACGAUGGCGUCGUGCGCAUCUUCGACAUGCGCACACCCACUCGCCCUUCGACGGACUCUGCGCCGUCGCUCCUGCCAUGCAUGACCCUCUGUGACCCAUGGUCGCCCGAGCCAAUCUAUUCCCUGUCUUGCGGCGGGGGAUCUGCAUCGCACGUCGCUGCGGGCUCAGCACGGCACAGUGUGCUCGCGUUCUGGGACGUCCGUGCGCACACGCGCGGCUGGAGUGUGCACGCACCAGGCAACGACGCCAGUCCGGUAUACUCAGUAGUUAUGGAUGGCCCGCGCGUGUUCGGCGCGAACGAGAGCCGUGCGUUCGUAUUCGACUUCGGACUGGGCGUGAGCGAGACGACGUACCCGCCGAUCGCGCUCGAGCCGGUGCCUGCCUGGCGCGGGGCUGGGAGAUGGCGCAGGGCAGCGGCAGAUGACGUGCUUAAGAGGAUGCAGCCCGAGGGACCAGGGUUUUAUGUGACGAAGUACCGACACAGCAAGUAGACGACCGCUAUGUGUAGAAGUUGCGAAGAGCCACCUAGCUGGUAGCUGGCAGCUUGGCAUUUGACUGCUUCGUGCUAUAUGACUUGUGAUUAGCAUCUACAAUGAUUGGCGCAUAUCCACUGUACUCUCAUCCGCUGUGUUAGUAGACAAUAGAGAUGUAUCUAUAAGCUCCAAGUCGAGGAUAGGAAAACAAGACUGGAAACUUUGGGAAAUCUAAAUAGCUGCCUGGCAGAGUACACAUAACGUCCGAUGUAAACACCUUGCUACGCUCCUAUAGUACCUAGCUCUUUCGUUUUCCGCUUCUUCGAUUUAGAAGCAGAGUCUUCGUCGCCCUUCCUGCGCCUCUCCAGACCUCGAUUUGCCAGGGCUGCACUAUCAUCCUUCGCCUCGGGGUGAGCCUUGCUGAUCUCCAUCUCUGCCACUUUCUCCUCUGCCUCCGCCUCCUCUUCCAGAGCCACGCCCUCGCCCUUGCGCCUUUGCUCUUCCUUCAGCUGCCGUUUAUCCUCUUUUCUUGCCCUCUUUUCCGCUUUCACCCUCUUCUUCUCGGCCCUCUCCAGUCUUCUCACUCUCAAUGCCUCCCUCUCUUCCUUAUCGUCAUCCUCUUCGUCUGACCUCCUCCGCUUCUUGCCCUUCUUCUCGCUUUCUUCCUCGUCUCGCUUAUUCUGCUUUGUCUCGUGUGAUCUCCUCAGUCCUUCGCGGAUAUACUCUGCCUCCGCCUUUCCUUUACUACACCCUACCUCGACAUCCCCCUUCUCGUCCUCAGCAGACAUCUCUCUCCUCCGCUCCUUCUUCUCCUUGUCCUUCUUUCCCUUUUUUCUUUUCUCCUCCUGCACAUUCGCAUCGUCUACGGGAACGUCCACACGCUCCUCGCUCCUCACUACUUCCACUAGAGACUCGACCUUCUCCUCAACGAUGUCUGUGCCAAGAACGGGCCCGCGGAAGAACAUAGAGUAUAGCAUGCGCCGUGCAGCUUGCUGUUUCGCGGUGGCCAUGACGCUUAACCGCGGCGAGGAUGUGCCGCUGCUCGAUAUGACUGGUUCUUCGUUCGGCGUCGCAGUGCCUGACAACGCCGGUGUGCCAGUUACCGGACGACGGUUGGAGAUAAUACCGGUUUUCGUCUUUUGGAAAGCCACCGUUAGAGUAGACGGCUCAGUGUCUUCCUGCAGUAAGAAG